AGCCACUAGUAUAAUUAUGCUACAAUCUUUUGUCCGCGCCUUCGUCUGCGUGAAAUGAUGAUGAUUGAUGAAAACUACCCCAUGUCCAUCCCCGGGCCUCUGCAAUUAGGCCUCAAGAGCUCUUUUACAAGUCAAUACAACAUAGUAAGAUCAUAUAGUGACAUGAAAAAUACAUAACAGCAUUUAUAAAUACAACAGCCAAUACCUGGGUAAACAUUACAUUACAUAGCUCUGUUGAUGCGUAAAUUAUAUUUUUCCAUUUCUAAUUAAUGAAUGUUUAAUCCUUUAAGCUACGAAGAUUAACAAAAACAAUCAGUUACAUGAAAUCAGUACAUACGUGGACUAAUCACUUUUAACUGAUAACUCAUGAUUCCUUAUCAUAUCAAGCUAUAUCCGACAAUACUUCGUACCUCGUACCUGUAUAAAUAAGUAAUCUAUAUCAGAUAUCGCUUCGUUGUUGGACAUUUAGUGACAGGUGAGUGUUUUGUUAUUUUUAUUGUUAGAAAAGCUUGUGGAAGAUUCGAGAAGAAGUUGCAACAAAGAUGAAGUACCUGCUAGCAUUUGCCCUCGUCGCCGUGGCCGCGGCGCUCCCCGAGCCCGCGCGCCUGCCGCAGCCCGCGCAGCCCGAAAUCGCGCCCCUUCUGGUCCCCCAACCGGUCGCGUCUCCCGUCAACUUUGUAGACGCCCCUGAAGCCGCCGCACCUGUAGAUGCUGUGAAGGUUGUCGACGCUCCUAUUGAAGCCGUCCCUGCCGACUUCACCCUCAACUUCGUUGAUGAAGCCCCAGAGAUCGCCGAAGCUCCCGUGGAAAACUUCGCCGUCAAAUUCGUUGAUAACGCUGAUGUCGACGAAGAAACUCCCUCCUACAUCCCCAUGGAUAUGCCCUUCCAGGUUAAGAUCGUGAAUAUGCCCCUCCCUAACUCAGUAGUCAUGCCUCUUGAUGGAGUCGUCGAAGUGGUCCCACAGCUUGUGAAGAUUGAAGAUGCCCCCGUGGAGAGCAAUGACUUCGCGGUUAAGUUUGUGGAUCAGGCUCCUGAGGCUCCCGCCAACAUGGCGCCCCCUAAAGGUUAUCCUAACCCUAUGUGGCGUUAAGAUUAGUUUAUUUUUAGGUUUAGGUUUAUCAGUGAAGGUAAUCUUUUUUACUCCAUCUUUUUUUACGUAAUUAAACAACAAAAACAAACUUAAAAA